CUGUGGGGCGGGGACCUAGGGGCGGGUCAACAAAGGUCGGGUGACUGUGUCGGGAGGCAAACCCGACGUAGACGGCGGCAGGCGGAGCCCAAGGCCAGUGAUGCGGGGUGCGCCGGGAUCCCACCUGGAGAGUCGGGGCGGCACGUUGAGACCCCAGGGGUGAGGGGCGCGGGAUCCCAAUCCCAGCCCUGUUUUCUCCUCCCCUUUCCCCGCCUCCUUCUCGCCCCUCCCCCCUCCUCCCCUCUGGUUGGAAAGUUUCUAGAAUCUCUUCCCAGCGGCCUUUGCGGUUCCAACAUGGCCGAGCUGACGGUGGAGGUUCGCGGCUCCAACGGGGCUUUCUACAAGGGAUUUAUCAAAGAUGUUCAUGAAGACUCCCUUACAGUUGUUUUUGAAAAUAAUUGGCAACCAGAACGCCAGGUUCCAUUUAAUGAAGUUAGAUUACCACCACCACCUGAUAUAAAAAAAGAAAUUAGUGAAGGAGAUGAAGUAGAGGUAUAUUCAAGAGCAAAUGACCAAGAGCCAUGUGGGUGGUGGUUGGCUAAAGUUCGGAUGAUGAAAGGAGAAUUUUAUGUCAUUGAAUAUGCUGCUUGUGACGCUACUUACAAUGAAAUAGUCACAUUUGAACGACUUCGGCCUGUCAAUCAAAAUAAAACUGUCAAAAAAAAUACCUUCUUUAAAUGCACAGUGGAUGUUCCUGAGGAUUUGAGAGAGGCGUGUGCUAAUGAAAAUGCACAUAAAGAUUUUAAGAAAGCAGUAGGAGCAUGCAGAAUUUUUUACCAUCCAGAAACAACACAGCUAAUGAUACUGUCUGCCAGUGAAGCAACUGUGAAGAGAGUAAACAUCUUAAGUGACAUGCAUUUGCGAAGUAUUCGUACGAAGUUGAUGCUUAUGUCCAGAAAUGAAGAGGCCACUAAGCAUUUAGAAUGCACAAAACAACUUGCAGCAGCUUUUCAUGAGGAAUUUGUUGUGAGAGAAGAUUUAAUGGGCCUGGCAAUAGGAACACAUGGUAGUAACAUCCAGCAAGCUAGGAAGGUUCCUGGAGUUACCGCCAUUGAGCUAGAUGAAGAUACUGGAACAUUUAGAAUCUACGGAGAGAGUGCUGAUGCUGUAAAAAAGGCUAGAGGUUUCUUGGAAUUUGUGGAGGAUUUUAUUCAGGUUCCUAGGAAUCUCGUUGGAAAAGUAAUUGGAAAAAAUGGCAAAGUUAUUCAAGAAAUAGUGGACAAAUCUGGUGUGGUUCGAGUGAGAAUUGAAGGGGACAAUGAAAAUAAAUUACCCAGAGAAGAUGGUAUGGUUCCAUUUGUAUUUGUUGGCACUAAAGAAAGCAUUGGAAAUGUGCAAGUUCUUUUAGAGUAUCAUAUUGCUUAUCUAAAGGAAGUAGAACAGCUAAGAAUGGAACGCCUACAGAUUGAUGAACAGCUGCGACAGAUUGGUAUGGGUUUCAGACCUUCUUCCACCAGAGGGCCUGAAAAAGAGAAAGGAUAUGCCACUGAUGAAAGUACCGUCUCUUCUGUACAAGGUUCUAGGUCUUAUAGUGGAAGAGGCAGAGGUCGUCGGGGACCUAAUUACACCUCCGGUUAUGGUACAAAUUCUGAGCUGUCUAACCCCUCUGAAACGGAAUCUGAGCGUAAAGAUGAGCUGAGUGAUUGGUCACUGGCAGGAGAAGAUGAUCGAGACAGCCGACAUCAGCGUGACAGCAGGAGACGCCCAGGAGGAAGAGGCAGAAGUGUUUCAGGGGGUCGAGGUCGUGGUGGACCACGUGGUGGCAAAUCCUCCAUCAGUUCUGUGCUCAAAGAUCCAGACAGCAAUCCAUACAGCUUACUUGAUAAUACAGAAUCAGAUCAGACUGCAGACACUGAUGCCAGCGAAUCUCAUCACAGUACUAACCGUCGUAGGCGGUCUCGUAGACGAAGGACUGAUGAAGAUGCUGUUCUGAUGGAUGGAAUGACUGAAUCUGAUACAGCUUCAGUUAAUGAAAAUGGGCUAGUCACAGUUGCAGAUUAUAUUUCUAGAGCUGAGUCUCAGAGCAGACAAAGAAACCUCCCAAGGGAAACUUUGGCUAAAAACAAGAAAGAAAUGGCAAAAGAUGUGAUUGAAGAGCAUGGUCCUUCAGAAAAGGCAAUAAACGGCCCAACUAGUGCUUCUGGCGAUGACAUUUCUAAGCUACAGCGUACUCCAGGAGAAGAAAAGAUUAAUACCUUAAAAGAAGAAAACACUCAAGAAGCAGCAGUUCUGAAUGGUGUUUCAUAAACUGAAGAAGUUCCUAGUUUACAGUUCUUUUACAUUACAUUUACAAUAGUGCUUGUACAAGCUUGCCAAAGAUAGAAUAUGGAUCGCCAGUCUUUACAUCGCACUUUCAGUUCCUCCAUUUGGAAUUCAAAAAGGGGAGGGAUCCUGAAGAAAUCAUAUGUUAAACAUACUUUGACACCUACUGUGUUAUAAAAUAUAUCAUCAGAUGUGCCUUGAGAAUAGUAUAUGUAACAUUAAAAAAAAGUUGCUGGCUA